UAAACAAACGGAACUAAAACCCCUCUGUUGCAGGAUUUGGCUUCUCCACCCGCCGUAAGCGAGUUCAGCAAACUUGGUUGGUUGAAUUGUCUGAAAAAAAUUGCUUUUUGUUUGAUAAAGCUUUGAUCUUUGCACACUGCCCAUGAGCUCGAAAGUUCCCUCCCCAGAUUCAAUUGAUGCAUUGAAGUCUAAAAUGUCUGUUCAAAAGGACACAGAUAAGUUCUUCAUGUCCAUCACUGAAGGAGAGAAAAAGCCAUUUGACUUUUUACGUGUUCUAUAUGAUGGUUGCAUUGCUGGAGGUGUUGCGGGUGUUAUGGUAGAAACAGCUUUAUACCCCAUUGAUACCAUCAAAACUCGACUACAGGUUGCUCGUGAUGGAGGAAAGAUUGCUCUGAAGGGUCUGUACACUGGAUUGUCUGGAAAUCUUGUUGGUGUCUUGCCAGCGUCUGCAAUUUUUAUUGGAGUGUAUGAACCCACAAAGCAGCAAUUGCUAAGGUCAUUGCCUGAGAAUCUUAGUGCUGUGGCUCAUUUUGCUGCAGGUGCUAUUGGAGGCAUUGCUUCUUCUCUUGUUCGGGUUCCAACAGAGGUUGUUAAGCAAAGGAUGCAGAUUGGGCAAUUUAGAUCAGCUCCAGAUGCUGUUCGUCUCAUUGUCUCAAAUGAGGGUUUUAAAGGUCUUUAUGCGGGAUAUGGAUCUUUCUUAUUGCGAGAUUUACCAUUUGAUGCCAUAGAAUUGUGCAUUUAUGAGCAGCUCCGUAUUGGGUAUAAAUUAGCGGCAAAAAGAGAUCCUAAUGAUCCAGAGAAUGCUAUGCUUGGGGCAGUGGCUGGUGCCAUAACUGGAGCAGUCACAACUCCUCUUGAUGUGGUAAAGACCAGAUUGAUGGUUCAGGGAUCACAAAACCAUUACAAAGGCAUCAGUGAUUGUGUGAGGACAAUAGUUAAAGAAGAAGGAACUCAUGCCCUUUUUAAGGGUAUUGGGCCUAGGGUUUUGUGGAUUGGAGUUGGUGGUUCAAUAUUUUUUUGUGUUCUUGAGAAGACAAAGCAAAUACUUGCUCGGAAUCGACACACCAAAGCUGAGAUUCAGAAGUGAGUUUUUUCUAGGCAGGGAUUAGGGUGAUGAUGUUGCAAUGCACAUUUAAUUUAAUUUCAUGAUUGCAUUGAGCCAGUUUUUGUUCAGCUUCAUUCCUAUAUUGGUGCCGGGCCUGAAAGGAUGAGCUCAAGACAGGCCUAAAUUGAAAUUUGGGCUUUGUCAUAAAGCCUGAAUAAAAUCUUCCCGGAGCUUUCUCUAAAUAGGCUAACAAGGCUUCCCGGAGCUUUAUUUAUUUCAUCUUUUUUUUUUUCUGAAGAAUUAUUCUCUUUCGUUUUAUUCAAAAUACGAAACAAUAGAGUGUACUAUAGAGAUUUGGAAAGGAAGAGAAAAAUAAAAUAAAAUUGUAGCUCGUAGUCUUUCUA